UCUGGCUAGAACGUAUACAGCUUUUGUCAAAUGAACGUCAGAGUUGACUUUUCGUAGCAGUUAAGGAGAAUUUACGAAGCAGCUUGUGAAAAUUAACAUAGCAGGUUAGGCUAAUUAUGUUAAGGAUAGGGAAAGGGUUAGCUAAAUUGCAUUUUUUAUUUUAAUUUUUGUACUUUUGACUUUAAAUUUGCCAAUAGCUGGAACCCUUCUAGCCAUGACCGACUGAAUUUAGUCAUUUAUUAAAAUAAAAUGGCGUUACCGGCUGUCAAUCGUGCACUCUUUGCUAAUAGGAGUCAAAUAAAACAAUUUAUUUCAGAGGGAUUACGCAACCUGUCUUUAAGUAGUCGAUGUAAUUUUAGUACACAAUCAUUGCAAUGUCUGAAAACGGCGACUACUCAAUCGAAUGCUGCCACUGUGCACAGAAGGUCACAGCUAUACCGCAACUGCGAAAGCAAUGGGGAUGAAAAUAGCCGUGCUACUAGUAACUGGACUUAUGCAAUGUGGAGUGCAAUUGCGUUCUCUUUCUUCAGCAAAGCUGAGGAGGACACCAGAACUGAGGCCCAGAAGAAAGAAGAUGAGAUCAUUUUACUUUUGAAGAGAGCCAAGCUCGGUAUAAUGCGGGGGCAGCUGCAUGGAGCCAAUGGAUUCCUUCACCAGGCAAUUGCGCUGGCCCACCAGACUCACAAUACACAAGCUAUCAUCUAUACCUACAGCCUGAUGGCAAACCUUGCCUAUGUCCAAGGUGAGCUGGAUAAUGCAGAGAAACUGUUCAAAGCGGCCAUGAGUUUCAUGUUGUCCGGAGGAACACCACAGGACGACAAUGGGGUCAUUGAGAUGUCCUUGAAGCUUGCUACCAUAUAUGCCGGCCAGAAUAAGAAUGACUUGGCAGAGACUGGUUUCCAGUUUUGCACUGAAUCCCUUGAAGCCAAGUUGGAGAAAUUCAAGGAACUUCCUGCUGAGGAACAGUCAGAGGAGUUGCGGAUGGAGACCCGGCUCCUGCUGGGCCUGACCUUGGACUCCCACGCUCGCUACAUGGCCGCCACACACCGCCUGAGCCGGGCGGCACUGGACUACAAGCGAGCCCUGCUGAUUUGCCGGGAAGAGCAGGGAGAGACCCACCCACAGUCGCUGGUGCUGCUGAGUGACCUGGCCACCAUCCUGGACCUGCAGGGCCGCCACGAUGAGGCCCUGCCCCUGGUAAAGCAGGCAGUGGAGCUGAGCAGAGAAGCCGGCCACCCUGACCAGCACGUGUUGUUGGGAAACAUGGCAGGCGUCCUACUGCACAAUGGUCUGUUUGAGGAGUCUGUGAAGCUGUACAAGGAGGCCCUGGCUCUGGCCCAGUCCGUAGGAGAUGAAGAAGCAGUAGAGCAGAUCCGGGAGGGGCUGAAAGAGGUGGGCAACAGGAGGAAAGCACAGAAGGCGGAAGCAGAAGCCCCCAAGACUGAGACCGAUGCCCCCAAGACUGAGACCGAAGCCCCCCAAGAAUGAGACCGACUGACGGGCUGGAUCAACCAAACUAAUCUUAACACAACCCCAAGCCAUCUCUCUUAACCUGUCUGUGUUUGCAAAGGAACCAAAAUUAGAUGGGUCGUGUAAGCACAAGAUACAGAGCACAUGGCUUACAGUGGGGAGAACAAGUAUUUGAUACACUGCCGAUUUUGCAGGUUUUCCUACUUACAAAGCAUG